AAGUGCCCGGGGCGACGGCGGCGGGGACCGGCCGGGCCAUGGGCGCCGGGGGCAGAGGCGGCGGCGGCCGCAGAGGCGGCGGAGGCUGCCCGGGAGGCGGCGGGGGCUGGCGGCGCGGGCCGCGGGCCGCGUAGCGCCGGGCGGAGCGCGGAGCCAUGGGCCGGGCUGGCACCGGGACCUGGGGCGAGGCGGUGGCCGCGGUGGCCGCGGUGGUGGCGGGGCCGCUGCUGUUGCUGCUGCUGCUCGCCCAGCCCCCGCCUUCCGCCGCCGGCGACAGCAGGAAGAGCGAGACGGGGCUGGUGUCCGAGCACUUCUCGCAGGCCCCGCAGAGACUGUCCUUCUACAGCUGGUACGGCAGCGCCAGGCUCUUCCGCUUCCGCGUGCCCCCAGACACCGUGCUGCUGCGCUGGCUUCUGCAGGUCUCGAGGGACAGCGGCGCCACCUGCACGGACGCAGAGAUCACCGUACACUUCCGCUCCGGUGCCCCUCCUGUCAUCAACCCGCUGGGCACCCGCUUCCCUGACAACACGUCGGUGCAGCCCUCCUUCCAGGUCAGGUUGCCGCUGAGCGCUGCACCGCUAAGCAAUGUCUCGGUCAACGUUUCCCACCCGGCCCCUGGGGACUGGUUCGUGGCCGCCCACCUGCCCCCCUCAUCCCAGAAGAUCGAGUUGAAGGGCUUGGCUCCCACCUGCUCCUAUGUCUUCCAGCCUGACAUGCUGGCCAAGCGGGUGGUUGAGAUUUCCAUCGUGGAGCCGGAUGUGCCCUUUCCACAGACCCUGGUCUCCCACCCCAGCUACCUCAAGGUCUUUGUCCCCGAGUACACGCGGGAGCUUCUGCUGGAGCUGAAGGGCUGCGUGUCCCACGGGAGCCUGGGCUGCCCCGUGCGUCUCACCGUGGGCCCGGUCACCCUGCCUGGCAACUUCCAGAAAGUGCUCACCUGCGCCGGGGCCCCCCAGCCCUGCCGCCUACUGCUGCCCUCGCCGCCCUGGGACCGGUGGCUGCAACUGACAGCUGAGAGCCUGGUGGGGCCCCACGGGACAGUGGCUUUCAGUGCUGUAGCCACCCUCACAGCCUGCAGGCCAUGGAGUGUGACCGUGCAGCCCUUUCUGCAGAGUGUGUGGAACCAGACCUUCAACGCCUCUGUUGGUUGGCCGUCCCCAGGCCCUGACCACCGGGACCUGGGCAGGAGUGGCGGGGUGGGCGGCGGACCCUUCUGCCUCACGAAUCACCCAGUCACGCGAGAGGACACGGACGUGGUGUCUGUGCACUUCCAGCCCCUGGACAGGCUCUCGGUGACGGUGCGCUCGGACACGCCCUCCGUGAUGCGGCUGCGGCUCAACACCGGCAUGGACAGCGGCGGCUCCCUCACCGUCUCGCUGCGGGCCAACAGGACGGAGAUCAGGAAUGGGACUGUCGUAGUGGCCUGCAUGAAUGCCGCCUCACCCUUCCUCAGCUUCAACACCUCGCUCAACUGCACCACAGCCUUCUUCCAGGGUUACCCCUUGUCUCUGAGCGCCUGGUCUCUCAAGGCCAACCUCAUCAUCCCCUACCCAGAGACGGACAACUGGUACCUCUCCCUGCAGCUCAUGUGCUCUGACAACGAGGAGGACUGUGAGCAGGCCGCAGUCCACGUGGAGACCACCUUGUACCUGGUGCCCUGUUUGAAUGACUGCGGACCCUAUGGCCAGUGCCUCCUGCUCCGCAGACACGGCUACCUCUAUGCCGGCUGCAGCUGCAAGGCAGGCUGGCGUGGGUGGAGCUGCACGGACAACAGCACGGCCCAGACGGUGGCCCAACAGAAGGCAGCCACGCUGCUGCUGACGCUCAGCAACCUCAUGUUCCUGGCCCCCAUCGCCGUGUCAGUGCAGCGCUUCUACCUGGUGGAGGCCUCCGUCUACGCCUAUACCAUGUUCUUCUCCACGUUCUACCACGCCUGCGACCAGCCCGGGGAGGCUGUGCUGUGCAUCCUCAGCUACGACACGCUGCAGUACUGUGACUUCCUGGGCUCCGGGGUGGCCAUCUGGGUCACCAUCCUGUGCAUGGCACGGCUCAAGACACUGCUGAAAUACGUGCUGUUUCUCCUGGGCACACUGGUCAUCGCCAUGUCCUUGCAGCUGGACCGCAGGGGUAUCUGGAACAUGCUGGGGCCCUGCCUCUUUGCCUUCGUGAUCAUGGCCUCCAUGUGGGUGUACCGCUGCGGGCACCGGCGCCAGUGCUACCCCACCUCGUGGCAGCGCUGGGCCUUCUACCUCCUGCCCGGCGUAUCCAUGGCCUCCGUGGGCAUUGCCAUCUACACCUCCAUGAUGACCAGCGACAACUACUACUAUACCCACAGCAUCUGGCACGUCCUGCUGGCCGGGAGCGCGGCCCUGCUGUUGCCGCCGCCUGCCGAGCCCGCCGAGCCCUGGGCCUGCUCGCCGAAAUUCCCCUGCCACUAUCAGAUCUGCAAGAACGACCGUGAGGAGCUGUACACAGUGACAUGACACCGGCCGGGGGACCCCCGCUGCUCCGACAACCUCUUCAGCCAGGAGCUGUAUGGAGGGGGUGGCACCCCGUCCAGCCCUGGGGAAGAUUGAUUUCCAGCUGAAUAAAAUUGGCCUGCGCACCGUCUCUCUUCCUCCUACCGAGGGGAUGUCCUCCAGCAGUCGCACCUCUGCUGAGUUCCCUCGUGUUGCUUGUAGAGGACAGGGGUCUGUGUGAGGGUGGGGCCGUGUGCUCUGCCUGCCUGCGGAGGGCUAGAGACGGGGAGAAGGACUCCCUGUGAUCCUGCUCCCUGGCGAAGCUGGGGCUCAGGAGGCCUAAGCCCACCACUGUGGUUGGGAGCUGUGCCCUCCCAGAACCCUGGUCCUGGCCCCUGGGUGCCCCUGGUGCCAGCCUGUCUGGAGCAUGGAAGAUCCCCCUCUGCUACUGGGGUCAUGAUAGGGACAGGUGACCAAGGUCCCCCCCAGAGCUGAUGGGCACUGAGAAUGCAGCCUCCUGCCCUGCCCCUCGCUUUUUCCUGGCUCUGGAGCAAGGGGUCUCUGCUCUGCUCCUCUGGGGGUGUGGCCCACAGGGAACCCUUACCCAGCCGGGUCCGGCCCACCCUUGUGUUUCGGGGGGGCCCCCCCGGGGAAGCCUCCUCUUGGUCCCAGGAGCUGUGGUGGUGGCUGCCCCCUGCACCAGGCUGUCUCUGUGCUAGGGAGGUCUUCUGGAGUCUGGGCUGGGUGGGGGUUCCCUGUUGCAAGGCUACCAGGAGCAACGCCGGGCCCCUCCCUGAGGCCUGUGAGUGUCUCCCAUCCUGCCAUGGAGACCUGCUCUCAGGGCUUCCCUUCCGGGUCUCGUCCUGAGCGUGGGCUUCCCGAGGGUCUUACCCCCAUCCCCAGCCACCCUGCACUUGACCACCAAAGCAAUCUCUAGGCUUAUAAAAGAGAAACAUGUACAUACGGGGUUUUUUGGGGUAAAAGAAAAUUCUGAAGCAUUAAGACAUAUUUUUAUGUAGAUCUGAUUUAUCUGUGAUUGGUGAAUUUAAUAUUCUACAGUGACUUUUCAAACUAA